AUGGUUUUGAAACGAAAGAGGGAGACCACUGUGGUCUCUAAGCCCAAAGCUAAGGAGGACUCACCUCCCGCCGUGGACAAUGCGCAGGACGUAUUCCGCAAACUGUUCGAAGCGCAAUUCGAGCCUCUCGAUCUACCAGCACAUAACGCCAAGGCCGCCAAAACCUCAAACUCCGAUGACGAGGAUGACGAUGACGAGAACUCCGAUGCGUCUGGAUCAGAAGGAGAUUGGGACGAGAUGUCUGAUAUCAGCGACGAAAGCAACCAAGUGGAAGUAGUGGAGCACACAGAUGCACGCGCUGCGCCAGAAGAUAGAAUGGAUAAAAAGACUUGGAAGGCAUUCAAGAGCGGAAAGGUUCUAUCUUCCACAGAUAAACCCAAUGCCCAACCAGAGCCUACAUCUAAAAAGGAAGAAGAGGAAGAUACCCACGACGUGAUAAACCUGAAGCACGACCUUGCGCUUCAGCGCCUGCUCACAGAAUCCCACCUCCUCGACUCUGCCGAUGACCUCGCACCAACCGGAAAGAACCGCCUUAAGGCUUUGGAUCUGCGCAUGCAAUCCCUCGGAGCUAAAGAUUCGCUCUAUGCGCAAAACAAAAUGCCAACAGCACACAGACGAGGCAUUAAGGCCAAGGCUGCAACAAAGGAGGACAAGCGCCGCCGCGAGGCCAAGGAGAACGGCAUCAUUCUUGAGAAGCCCAGCAAAGUCACAAAAUCGAGCAAUAACGGGCGAAGGGAGCGUGGUGUCAAUGGCGCAUCUGUUGGCAGGUUCUCAAGUGGCACACUCAAUCUCAACAAGCAAGAUAUUGAGCGUGUUCAAGCUUCCGGACGGCGCAUGGCCGGUGGAAGGGGCAAAGGCAAACCCAAAUCAAGAGGUGGAAAGCGUUAA